AUGUCAAUAUUGAAUCCAGACGAAGUAUUAGAUACUCAUGUGGAUGAGCCUAUGGAUGAUACCGAUUUUGAGAUGAAUAAUGCAAAUGAAGUUGAUGAUGAAUUCGUUAGUCAACCAAGAGCUUCGUUGUUACUUCCUGGUGCUAGUGGCAAGUUCUCUCAGGCUUCUGUUACUCGUGGUGCUGUCCAAGAUGUAUCCCUGUUAAUGGCUCUUACUGGAAAUGUCGUCAAUUCAAAACCUUUUGAUCUUGAUGUCAUUCGAAGCAGUUAUGAAGGUUACGGAUUGAUCAAGCAAUUACUGUUUAUUGCAAAUUGUUGUCCUGCAUUGCAAAGAGAAGCGUUAAUAAUGCUUAUUAAUUAUGUUGUGCAGAAUACUUCAAGUGUGCAAGUAUAUCUAGCUACUCAUCACCGUUUGGAAGCAUUACGGGCAGUCCCGUCUGAAGAUGGGGCUUCUGCGAGUACGACGGAUGAUUUACCUCGUUUGGAUUCUCAAUGGAUAGAUACUGUAGCGACAAAAUCACAAGCUCGCUUAGAUAUGCUUAUGACUGAUUUUAAAAGGCAAAAAGAAGAUGGCUUAAAGGAAGCUGUGCGUCAUACCAUGCAUGAACUUUUUGAACACUAUGUUUCAAUGGGACAGUUGCAAGAUGCUAUUAAGCUCUACAGUCGUGCUAUGAGAGAAUAUUGUACUUCACCGAAGCAUGUCAUCGAGAUGUUGAUAGAUUGGAUUGAAGUUACAAUACAUCUCGAUCAUUGGCAUCGCGUAGAUCCUCUUCUAAAUCAAAUUGAAAGAGCCCUGAAUGAAGCGAUAGAAGCUGAGACUGUGGCAGCAACAUCUACUAGUCGGCCGGGUCGUUUAGCUGCAAAUUCUACCAGUGCAGCUGCGAAAAACAUUAAAGGGAUAAUCAGUACUGCAAAAGCAAAAGUUGGGGCAAUUGCGACUUUAAAUUACUUAAAUAUGAAAAAUUAUAGGCAGGCAGCAGAAAGAUGUUUAAAGAUUGAUUUUGAUCAUUUCUAUUAUCCCUCUUUACUCGCUACUAAAGAUGUUGCUUUGUGUGGUACAGUUUGUGCUUUAGCUACAUUUAGUCGUUCUGAACUCAAGGAUAAAGUUCUGGGAAGCUUGGCCUUUCAUAAAUUUCUGGAAAACGAGCCAAAACUAAUUGAAAUACUCCAAAAUUUUGUGAAAAGUCAAUUUGGGAUUUGUUUUGAUAUUUUGGAUGAGAUUAAAGAUCAUCUUCUUUUGAAUAUGCAUAUCUGGUCCCACGUGAAAGAACUUUAUAAUUUGAUUCGACGAAGAGCUAUUAUUUUAUACUUUACACCAUAUGCAGUUGCUGAUAUGGAGAAAAUGGCUAUGAUUUUCAGGGUACAUGUUGACGAGCUGGAAAAUGAACUUUUUUUAUUGAUUGAAAAAAAUGAAAUUUUUGCGAGGAUUGACUCAUUUCAUAAAAAAUUAUACUCCAAAAACGAAGAGGAAGUCAGGACUUCUUAUAAUGGGAUUCUGGAGGCUGGAGAUAUCAUGAGCGACAAUAUUAUGGACAUCUUAUUACGAGCCGCUCUUUAUCGAUCACAAAUAAUUGUGGGAGUCUCAGAUAAUGGUACACGCAGUAGGCGCCGUCCUCUUCAAGGUUCGACCAUCGAUGAUCUUUUGGAACAUUGA